AUGCCUCAAUUCACCUUCUAUACCCACCCCCUUGCCACGGCACCGGACCGUGUCCAGCUCACCCUGGGUGAGGCCGGCUUUACAGACUAUGAAAGCAUCACCGUUGACCUGAUGACCAAGGAGCAGAAUUCUCCCGAAUUCCGUGCCCGCAACCCCUUCGGCAAGGUACCUACCAUCGUCACCUCAGACGGCAUCACCAUGUGGGAAUCCCGCGCCAUAGCCCGCUACCUCUGUACCCGCUACAACUUCGACCUCCUCCCCAACCCCAACGACCAAGCAGCAGUCGCCCUCUUCGAGCAGGAAUACGCCGCUGAAGCCGCCUGCUUCGACCGCCCCGUCUCCUCCAUCGUCUACGAGUCAGGCAUCAAGCCCCUUGUAGGCAUACCGACCAACCAGGCCGUCCUGGAAGAAGGCCAGAAGGCUCUCGGCGAGUACUUUGACAUCGCCGAGUCCAUCUUCUCCAAGACCGGGAAGAAGUUCUGGGCCGGUGACAAGUAUACCCUUGUAGAUGUCUAUUACAUCCCUCAGCUGGCUAGGGUGUUUGAGCGCGGAUAUGGUGAUAUCAUUACCUCCAGACCUGCCCUCAAGGCAUGGUGGGAUCGUUGCAACGAGAGACCGGCUGUCAAGGCCUUUGUCGCCAAGGUGCCCAAGAUCGAUGAGUUGCUCGCUCAGCGGAAGACGACCGAAGAGCAAAAGCAGUAG